UAAAAGGAAGAACCAAAAUGGGAAAUGUGAUGAUUAAUGAGGGGGAGGCACUGGGGAGGGAGGAAGUAGUCUUUCCUCUUCUUCAUCCAUUGCAAAGUCUCCUCCAUUAAUCCAACUUUCAAUAAAUUCACGCAAUCAUAAUCAACAAUGGAAUUAAAUUCCCAUUCAUCAAAUUUCUACACAACAAAACACAUCCCACUUAAUCAAGAACAAGAACAUGAUCACCCAAAUUCCAAAACUUCACUUCUAUCCUUCAACACAGAUUCAUCUUCUUCAUCAAAUUCCAUUUUCUCUAACAAAUUCAUCUUCAUUAUUCUUCUCUUAACAACCUCCAUUUCUCUCAUUACAGCUUUCUCUUUUGCCUUCCUUUUUUUCUCCUCAAAACCCCAAUCCACCAUUCACACAACAAUUCGCCCUCAAUCGAAACUUUCUCAUCCUGUAGUUAUCUUAAUUUCCUCAGAUGGGUUUCGAUUUGGGUACCAAUUUAAAACCCUAACCCCCAAUAUUGAUCGAUUAAUAGAAAAUGGAACUGAAGCUGAACUGGGUUUAAUUCCAGUUUUCCCCACCUUAACUUUCCCUAAUCAUUACUCGAUUGUUACAGGAUUAUACCCUUCUUAUCAUGGGAUUAUCAAUAAUCAUUUUAUUGAUCCUGAAACAGGUGAUAAAUUCACAAUGUCUAGUCAUGAAUCUAAGUGGUGGCUUGGUGAACCCUUAUGGGAGACUGUUUCAAAGCAUGGGAAGAAAGCUGCUACAUAUUUCUGGCCUGGUUCUGAGGUGAGAAAAACUUCUUGGACUUGUCCUGUUGAUUAUUGUAUGAAAUAUAAUGAAUCUGUGCCUUUUGAGGAUCGUGUUGAUACUAUUGUUGGUUAUUUUGAUUUGCCUAUUGAUGAAAUUCCUGUAUUUAUGACCUUAUAUUUUGAGGACCCGGAUCAUCAGGGCCAUCAAUUUGGCCCUGAUGAUCCGGAGAUCACGAAUGCGAUUGUUAGGAUUGAUGAGAUGAUUGGGAGAUUGAUUCUAGGGUUAGAGAAAACAGGGGUGUUUGAGGAUGUUCAUAUUAUUAUGGUUGGUGAUCAUGGGAUGGUUGGUACUUGUGAUAAGAAGUUGAUUUUUUUAGACGAUUUAGCUUCUUGGGUUGAAAUUCCUUCAAAUUGGGUUCAAUCUUAUACACCAUUGCUUGCGAUUCGCCCUCCAAUGGAGUUUUCUCCAUUGGAGGUCGUAAAGAAGAUGAAUGAAGGGUUGCAAUCAGGGAAAGUUGAGAAUGGAAAGCAUUUGAGGGUUUAUCGUAAGGAAGAUCUUCCUACUAGACUUCAUUAUGUUGAUAGUAAUAGGAUUCCACCUAUAAUUGGUCUUCUUGAAGAGGGUUUUAAGGUAGAACAAAAGAAAUCAAACCAAAAGGAAUGUGGAGGUGCUCAUGGGUAUGAUAAUGCAUUGUUUUCUAUGAGGACUAUUUUCAUAGGCCAUGGCCCUCGAUUCGCUCGAGGAAGACGGGUGCCAUCGUUCGAAAAUGUGCAAAUCUAUAACUUGAUCACUUCCAUUCUAAACAUUAAAGGAGCCCCAAAUAAUGGUACUUCUUCAUUUCCUAACUCUAUCCUCUUACAUGAUGCGUAGAAUCAGUGUUGUGACUUGUGAGUUCAUGUAAAGGGAACAAGGCACCAGUGUAACAUUAUUUGCCAGUUAAUUCGCUUUUUGAAUUCGCAAUUUGCUCAAAAUGAUCAUAAAAUAGCUCAAAAUCGAUCAUAAUUCGCUUAUGUUAAUUUGCGAUUCGUAAGGAGAUUAAUGAAUGAUGUGACACUGGGAACAACCAUUAUGAUGUUUUUAAGGUUUUGUGAAUACUUGUUUCAACCUAUAUUUUGUAUGUUCAUCCAAGCAACGUUUGAUUGCAAAAUAUUUUUUUACAACCCAGGAUGGUUCUUCACUCAUUUUAUUGUAUCAUGAUCUGACAAAGUUUAUGUAAAAGUAAAACUUUAUCUUACUGCAUUCUUCAAGAUUUUGAAUUGGAUUAGAUAAUAAAA